AUGCAUUGUCUUUUUGCUGAGCUGGAGCCAUCUUUAACGGUCACAGAGCAAAACCUGGCAGACCGAGUUCGGUAUAUCUUGCGUUCAAAUAUAUUUGAUGUCGCCGAACUCGAACGGCUACGACGUGAGACUGUUCCCUCAUCGGAUGAAAAUGCUCAGGCUGAGGACGCGGCGCCACAUAUUGUAGAGCAACCCGCAAACGUGGAUGCCGCCGUGAAUAUCCCAGUUGUGGUUGAUUCAAACGAUGAUGGAGCAGUCGCCCAGGAACUGGAAUUAGAGCAUAUGAUGAGUACAUUGGAAGAGGCGAUUGUGGAAACGCGCAGUACGACUCUCGAAAAUCGACCGCGACUUCCCUGCAUAGCCCUAAGCAAGCGGAAUCGGGCUGUCGUGAGGGCUCUGAACCCAAUGCUGGUGACCUAUUUGAAAGCCAGCCGGGACCUUUGCGAGACGAACUCAAUUCUUUUUGGCGUCGCACUGGCAGUAUGCCGUAUUAUAGGCGCCAAACUUUCCACGGCUGGACGUGCUACUGAACAAAGUUGA